AGAGGAACCCGACAAACCCUGGGCUUCCGGCGGCGUCUUGAGGCGGUCGUCUCAGCGGCCUGGUAGUGUUUGCGCUGCGCUUUCCUGCUCUACGUUCUCUUAGUUCACUUUCUUCUUCCAUCUCAGGGUCACUGGACCCUGGCGAAGCGGCGGGCGGGUUCCGCUUCUCAGCCGUCCCGGGAGCGCCUAGCUAGCCGAGGGCCGGUUCCCGGGAGCCGCGCGCGCACCUCUUUCUCCCUGUCGUCGUCCCCCCGGGGCCAGGCGCGGGGACGGAAAGUCGCCUCUCCCGCUCCCCGGAGCGGAGGCGGCAGUAGCGCCUCCGAACUGCACUUGCGAAGGGAACUCGGGGAGGAGUAGUACGAAAUGUCAAAAAUUAGAAGGAAGGUCACAGUGGAAAAUACCAAGACCAUAUCUGACAGCACAUCCCGAAGACCCAGUGUAUUUGAGAGGCUUGGACCCAGCACUGGCAGUACAGCAGAGACACAGUGCCGUAACUGGCUGAAGACUGGCAACUGUCUCUAUGGAAACACAUGCAGAUUCGUACAUGGCCCUUCACCUCGUGGUAAAGGUUAUAGCAGCAAUUAUAGAAGGUCACCAGAAAGACCUACAGGGGAUCUUAGAGAAAGAAUGAAGAACAAGCGUCAAGAUGUGGACAGUGAACCCCAGAAACGAAAUACAGAGGAGUCAUCCUCACCUGUUAGGAAAGAAUCUUCAAGAGGGAGACAUAGGGAAAAGGAAGACAUAAAAAUCACUAAGGAGCGAACUCCAGAAAGUGAAGAAGAAAAUGUAGAAUGGGAAACUAAUAGAGAUGAUUCUGACAAUGGAGAUAUUAAUUAUGAUUAUGUUCAUGAAUUGUCAUUGGAAAUGAAGCGUCAGAAGAUACAAAGGGAACUAAUGAAGCUGGAACAAGAAAACAUGGAGAAGAGAGAAGAAAUUAUCAUUAAAAAGGAGGUUUCACCAGAAGUGGUCAGAUCAAAAUUAUCUCCGUCACCUUCUCUAAGAAAGUCUAGCAAAUCUCCAAAGCGAAAAUCAAGCCCAAAGUCAUCGUCUUCAGCUAGCAAGAAAGAUAGGAAGACAUCUGCAGUAUCUUCUCCCCUGUUGGACCAGCAGAGAAGUUCAAAAAGCAACCAAAGUAAAAAGAAAGGACCACGCACUCCUAGUCCACCCCCACCUAUACCGGAAGAUACUUCUCUGGGGAAAAAAUAUAAAGAAAAGUAUAAGGUAAAAGACAGGAUAGAAGAAAAACCAAGAGAUGGAAAGGACAGAGGACGAGAUUUUGAAAGACAAAGAGAAAAAAGAGACAAACCACGGUCUACUUCCCCAGCAGGACAGCAUCAUUCUCCUAUAUCUUCUAGACAUCACUCAUCUUCCUCACAAUCUGGAUCGUCUAUUCAAAGACAUUCUCCUUCCCCUCGACGAAAAAGAACUCCUUCACCAUCUUAUCAGCGGACACUAACUCCACCUUUACGCCGCUCUGCUUCUCCUUAUCCUUCCCAUUCUUUGUCUUCUCCUCAGAGAAAGCAAAGUCCUCCAAGGCAUCGCUCUCCAAUGCGAGAGAAAGGGAGACAUGAACAUGAACGAACUUCACAGUCUCAUGAUCGGCGUCAUGAAAGGAGAGAAGAGACUAGAGGCAAACGGGACAGAGAAAAGGACACAAGAGAAGAACGAGAAUAUGAUCAGGAUCCAAGUUCAUCUAGGGACCACAGAGAUGACAGAGAACCCCGGGAGGGUCGGGAUCGGAGAGAUACUAGAGAUACUAGAGACCGAAGGGAACUGAGAGACUCCAGAGACAUUCGGGACUCCAGGGAGAUGAGGGAGUAUAGUAGAGACACCAAAGAGAGCCGUGAUCCCCGAGAUUCUCGGUCCACUCGUGAUGCCCAUGACUACAGGGAUCGUGAAGGUCGAGAUGCUCAUCGAAAGGAGGAUACAUAUCCAGAAGAGUCUCGGAGUUAUGGCCGAAACCAUUUGCGAGAAGAAAGUUCUCGUACUGAAAUAAGGAAUGAUUCCAGAAAUGAGUCGCGAGGUGAAAUGAGAAAUGACCGAAUGGGCAGAAGUAGAGGGAGAGGUCCUGAGUUACCUGAAAAGGGAAGUCGAGGCUCAAGAGGUUCUCAAAUUGAUAGUCACAGUAGUAAUAGCAACUAUCAUGACAGCUGGGAAACUCGAAGUAGCUAUCCUGAAAGAGACAGAUAUCCUGAAAGAGACAACAGAGACCAAGCAAGAGAUUCUUCCUUUGAGAGACGACAUGGCGAGAGAGACCGUCGUGACAACAGAGAGAGAGCUCCUAUGUUCUACACCUCCUGCUGCCCCUAUCCUUUGCCACCAGUGUUCUCAGGUCCUGCUGGGGGGACAGAGAAGAUCAGAGAUCAAAGACCAAGCUCACCAGUUCGACAUCAGGGAAGGAAUGACGAGCUUGAGCGUGAUGAACGAAGAGAGGAUCGAAGGGUAGACAGAGCGGAUGACAGGAGAGAUGAAAGGGCGCGGGAGCGGGAGCGGGAGCGGGAGCGGGAGCGGGAACGAGAGAGGGAGCGGGAACGGGAUCGGGAAAGAGAGAAAGAAAGAGAACUGGAAAGGGAGCGUGCUAGAGAGCGGGAGCGAGAACGGGAGCGAGAAAAGGAGAGAGACCGCGAAAGAGAGAGAGACCGAGACCAUGAUCGAGAGCGAGAGCGGGAGCGGGAGAGGGAGCGAGACAGGGAAAAGGAACGGGAGCGAGAGAGAGAAGAAAGGGAAAGGGAGAGAGAGCGAGAGCGGGAGAGAGAACGAGAGCGGGAACGGGAGCGAGAAAGAGCCAGAGAAAGGGAUAAAGAACGCGAACGCCAGAGGGAUUGGGACGACAAAGACAAGGCACGAGAUGACCGCAGAGAGAAGCGAGAAGAUAUCCGGGAAGAUAGGAAUCCAAGAGAUGGACAUGAAGAGAGAAAAUCAAAGAAGCGCUAUAGAAAUGAAGGGAGUCCCAGCCCUAGGCAGUCACCGAAGCGCCGGCGGGAGCAUUCUCCUGACAGUGACACCUAUAACAGUGGAGAUGAUAAAAAUGAAAAACAUAGACUCUUGAGCCAAGUUGUACGGCCUCAAGAAUCUCGUUCUCUUAGUCCAUCACACCUCACAGAAGACAGGCAGGGUAGAUGGAAAGAGGAGGAUCGUAAACCAGAAAGGAAAGAGAGUUCAAGGCGCUAUGAAGAGCAAGAACUCAAAGAGAAAAUUUCUUCUCUAGAUAAACAGAGAGAACAGACAGAAAUCAUGGAAAGCUUAAGAACACGUGCACAAGACAUUAUAGGACACCACCAGUCUGAAGAUCGAGAUAUACCUGAUGGAACUUAUGAUGAAAAUAAGAAAAAAGCAAAAAUUCAAAAGAAGCCUAUUAAGAAAAAGAGAGAGGAUGAUAUUGGAAUAGAGAGGGGUAACUUAGAGACACCGUCUGAAGAUGGCCAAGUAUUUUCACCCAAAAAAGGACUAAAAAAGAAAAGUAUUGAAAAAAAGCAUAAAAGAUCCAAAGGUGAUUCUGAUAUUUCUGAUGAAGAAGCAGUUCAGCAAAAUAAGAAGAAAAGAGGCCCACGGACUCCCCCUAUAUUAACUAAAGAGGAAUUGAUUGAAAUUUCCAAUGAUAAGGAUGGCAUUCUAGAGGAUCUUCAGAAAAAAGAAGAGACAGCAUUCAGUGACUGGUCUGAUGAGGAUGUGCCUGACCGGACAGAGGUUGCAGAAGCAGAGCAUGCUGCCACUGCUGCUACUCCUGGGAGUACCCCUUCUCCUCUGUCUACUCUUCUUCCUCCUCCACCUCCUAUGGCUACUGCCACUAUUACAACUGCUCCUCCUGCUCUUGCCACUGCUACCACCUCCUUUAGCACAUCCGCUGCCACCAUUCUCACCUCUGCCACUCCCACCAGUACCACUUUUGCCAAUGAAGACUCACAUAGAAAAUGCCACAGAACACGAGUGGAAAAAGUAGAAGCACCUCAUGUUACUAUAGAAGAUGCGCCACAUCGCAAGCCAGUGGAUCAAAAGAGGAGUAGCAGCCUUGGAAGCAAUCGGAGUAAUCGUAGUCAUACAUCUGGUCGUCUGCGCUCCCCAUCCAAUGAUUCUGCCCAUAGAAGUGGGGAUGACCAAAGUGGUCGAAAGAGAGUAUUGCACAGUGGCUCAAGAGACAGAGAAAAAACAAAAAGCCUGGAAAUCACAGGAGAGAGAAAAUCUAGAAUUGACCAGUUAAAGCGUGGAGAACCCAGUCGAAGUACCUCAUCAGAUCGCCAGGAUUCAAGAAGCCAUAGUUCAAGACGAAGUUCUCCUGAGUCCGAUCGACAGGUCCAUUCAAGAUCUGGGUCGUUUGAUAGCAGGGAUAGACUUCAAGAACGAGAUCGAUAUGACCAUGAAAGAGAGCGAGAGAGAGAGAGAAGAGAUACCAGGCAGAGAGAAUGGGAUCGAGAGGUUGAUAAAGAUUGGAUACGGAAUAGGGAUCGAGAGAGGAUACGGGAACGAGAAAGAGAGCGAGACAAAAGGAGAGACUUGGAUAGGGAAAGAGAGAGACUCAUUUCUGAUUCUGUUGAAAGGGAUAGGGACAGAGACCGAGACAGAACUUUUGAGAGUUCUCAAAUAGAAUCUGUGAAACGCUGUGAAGCAAAACUGGAGGGUGAACAUGAAAGAGACAUAGAAGGCACUUCCCGAGACUCCGUAGCUUUGGAUAAAGAAAGACUGGAUAAAGAUCUGGGAUCUGUGCAAGGAUUUGAAGAUGUAAAUAAAUCCGAGAGAACUGAGAGUUUGGAAGCAGGAGAUGAUGAAUCCAAGUUAGACGAUGCACAUUCGUUAGGCUCUGGUGCUGGAGAAGGAUAUGAACCGAUCAGUGAUGAUGAACUAGAUGAAAUCCUGGCAGGUGAUGCAGAAAAGAGGGAGGACCAACAGGAUGAAGAGAAGAUGCCAGAUCCCUUGGAUGUGAUAGAUGUGGAUUGGUCUGGUCUUAUGCCAAAGCAUCCAAAAGAACCAAGAGAGCCUGGAGCUGCACUCUUAAAAUUCACACCUGGAGCUGUUAUGCUAAGAGUUGGGAUUUCUAAAAAGUUGGCAGGAUCUGAACUCUUUACCAAAGUCAAAGAAACAUGUCAGAGACUUUUAGAAAAACCCAAAGAUGCAGACAGUCUUUUUGAACAUGAAUUAGGGGCUCUCAACAUGGCUGCAUUACUACGAAAAGAAGAAAGGGCAAGUCUUCUUAGUAAUCUCGGACCAUGUUGCAAGGCGUUAUGCUUCAGGCGGGAUUCUGCGAUCCGAAAGCAGCUUGUUAAAAAUGAGAAGGGUACUGUAAAACAAGCUUACACGAAUGCUCCAAUGGUAGACAAUGAAUUACUACGAUUGAGUCUUCGAUUAUUUAAGCGGAAGACUACUUGCCAUGCCCCAGGACAUGAAAAGACUGAAGAUAAUAAACUUUCACAAUCUGAUAUCCAGCAGGAACUGUGUGUGUCUUAAGACUGAAGUUCAGCAUAACAUUGUUGGUACUAUCUUCCUUCAGCAGUGCAUAUUCUGUUUUCAAAGUUCCUGUGGUUUGGCAAGCAUUAUUAGUGACAAAGGCAGAAAAGAUGUAUCAGCCAUGCUAAAAGAGUAACUUAAGAUUUUACAUUAAUUUUUACAUAGUACUUGAUACUCAUGCAAAAUAAUGUGAAAACAUCUAGAUUUAGUGGUUUAUUCUGUACCUUUGGUUAAAACUGAAGACUUUGGAAAACGGUUGUCACUGCUCUUCCAGCCUAUGAAUAUUUUUUUAUGAAAUGGAACCACCCUGAUUUAUGUUCUGGAUCAUCCAUACAGAAACCACGAUUUUCUUCAGAAAUUGUUCUUCAAAGUAAUUGCACACAUUGUGCAACACCGUGUUGUACAGAACAUUUGAUAGGGAAUGUGGUCUAGCAUGGUGUGUGUGUGUAGGCAGAUCUCCAGAAAGAGAGAGACAAAAUAUUUUUUUUCUUUUGAAAGUUUUAUGAGUCUUUGUUUUUUUAAAAUACGUGUGUACAUUGUUACAAUGUAUAUUGGAUGUCUUUGGAUUCCAAUGAUGUUUUUGUUUGUUAUCAGACACUGUGUACUAUUCUUAUUUUUAAUAAAUGUACCUUCCCUUUUCUUGUUCUAGA